UUUCUUGCUUGACUACUUAAAAGACAGAUUCACAGCCGUAGUAGAGGCUUUCAACAGUUGAGUCUCCGCGAGAUUAUCUGAUUUCUCUCAAAUUUAUUGAAGAAAUGGCUCAAUCAGCAAAACCGAUCUCGAGUCCAGUACCUGUUGCGUGGUACCCAACCCUAGCAGUGUUUAUGCUUGCAAUUGGUCUUGUUGUAACUGCUUCAUUCUUCAUCUAUGAAGCUACUUCUCCAAGGAAAUAUCGCAGUCUUGCAAAGGAGCUUGUAACUGGAACAGUGGCGUCUGUUUUCUUGGGUUUUGGAUCUUUGUUUUUGCUACUUGCUUCUGGCGUAUAUGUUUGAUCCAUCCACAUGGAUAGAGAUGAAGUUUUUUACUGCUGUUUCUACAUGAACAGUUUUGAGUACUACAGUUGAUUUUAUUUGACUUAUGGUUGAAGACAGUAUCUAUAGAACUGAUUAUUGUUACCUAGUGCAGUCUGAGAAUUUAUAACUGAAUGGCAAGCAUUGGUGGAGAACUAGUUGAAAAAUUUCUGAGGUACAAGAAAAUACUUCUUAUGAUAGUUUA